GAAAAAAAAUAAUUUUUCGUAUAAAUAAUGAUAUGAUAUGUUUUUUACAAUGUCUAUUAUUAGUUUUUUUGACAAAAAUAAGUAUCUUUUAACAAUUAAUCCAAUAUCUAUCAUAUAUUUUACCUAAUGAGUACAAAAUAUAAAAAUAAUUUUUAUUAUCACAUCUUAUCGUACAUGUAUCCUAUUUUUUAAAAAUUGUCGUGUAAUCAUAUUUGUAUAGUGUUGCACCCUUAUUACAUGUGCGUGUGCAGUUGGAAGAGCAAAGAAUUUUAGAGUCAAGUCACCGAAUAAGAGUAAGAACAAAGGACCUUAAAAAUAGAGUCGUCAACUUCAGGGUCAUUGAAGAGGUCUUCUGUGGCAAACCAAAAUCAGAAAAUGUCACGCUUGGUUGAUGACUGCAAAUCUGAUCUUGGAAAAGACCGGGAAUAUUAUAGGCACCAUAGGGUCUGUGAGCACCACUCCAAGGACCCAGUUGUCAUCGUCGAGGGUGAAGAGAAAAGGUUCUUUCAGCAAGGCAGCAGAUAAGUGUGGAGUUUGCUGGUAGUAAGGAGGAAUUCGGCUGCCUGUCUGUAUUUUUUGCUAGGAGUCUUGACUUCACUUAAUUCAAUUUGGUAGAUUUCCCGCUCUUGGAGAGUUUGAUGAGGAGAAAAGGAGCUGCAGGAAACGUCUUGAAGGACACAACAGGCGCCGAAGAAAAUCUCGGCCAAAAUCUUUGCACGAGAGUCCUGGUAGAUUUCUGUCCAAUCAAUUAGGCUUGGAUUUAUAUAUAGCCUUUCUACUUCUUGCUUCAAAGAUUUUUAGUAAGUUUAUCUAUAAUUACCCUGCUGCUAUUUUCAUAUCCGUUUCUGUACGUGAUUUGCAGAAUCAAUUUUGGGUAGCAAAAUCUUACAAUUCAGUGAUCAACAGAUGUAUACAACGAUUGCAAUGGUCUAUAAUAGUUAUGAACACUUUGAUCUUGUUGAUCCACGAUUAAGUUCUCCAAAUCCUUUGGCUUGUAUCAAUCGUGGAGAGGAUAGAGAAUUUUUUGUCCUGCUUACCAAUGACCGUGAAGGGAUCGACCAAGUAAUCCCUGUGGUUUCUGUUUGUCGACGACUUGCCAAUGCCCUUAUCUCAUCAGAAGUUGGAAGAGGUAGCCAUAAGAUGCAAGCCAAAGGUAUAACAGGAUCCAUCGAUUCCUGUCGUGCUCUCUCCUGUCACCACUUAUCUCAAUCCAGUCACACGAUCCAUUCAAUAGCACGUGUCUCUAGUUCUCUUAGUGAUAUGAGUGAGCCUUUAAGUUCGACUCUGAUCCCUGACGGAAACCAAGUCAACGCAGCUGGCAGUGGCAAUACAGUCCUUCAAGCUUGGUCCAAUGGCUUGCUAGACAACCAGGCGUGGAUUACAUCUAAAUGCUCCCAACUGAAUAGCUAGACAACCAGAACUGAAUUGUUUUAUGCCAUAGUGCCAGGUUCUCCCAAAACAUCUGAUCGAUUAUUUUCCCUAUAAGAGUAGGCAUUAAUUGCCUUGACAUAACUUCGUAUUAUGAUGACAAUGUCUUCUUUGAGCUGUAAUAUCACGAUCAGACUGUCAAAUAAUCCCUUAAAUAUUUUUUUAUGGAAAAAUUAUGACAAUUAUUUCGACAAUGUGAGGAACAUCAGCAUCAAAGAAUUUAAAAGAUCUGCAAACUGAAUAUUUCCUCUUUUUUUCAUUUUUUUUUUUUACAGAGAAAUAUGCUGAUCCAAAUAAAAUUGACAUUUCUCAAAAGUAUUACCUUGUAA